AAUAGGUUAAUUGUACAAAGAAAAGUAACCGACUUGCAAUAGACAAAUCACGUGGAGUUAUUACAAUUCAGCUGCAGCGCCAACUAUGCGCGCCCAGUUACAGUAUUAUCAAUAUCACUAUCAUUACGGUUCACUGCAGAAAGUUUAAUUCUUGCACUAUCAGUAUAUAUCGUGCAAACUGACGAUCGAAUUUCUGUUUCCCUGUGAUGGUGGUCAUUAUUGUACGUUCCGAGAUGAAGAUGCGGUUGUUUUGCUGCUGUGUUCUUUUAGUCAUAUUUCCGGUUGUCUUUACACAGCAGCCGCCGUUUUUCGAUUAUGUCCAGCAACGGGCACGGGUGGCUUCGGCCAGCGUCGAGCAGUAUUCGGAAGUUUUGAACCGCUAUCACGGAGUCAGAAAUCUCUUGAAAGACAAUCCGGAAAUAUUACUGGAUGUCUUGGGAAACUCCCGGGAUGUUCCUUGGAAUGCCAAUGUUUCGCGCGCCUGCGCAGAUGAUAUGUCCCUCAUCAUUGCGCAAGCACAGAACAAACAAAUGUGGGCGUUCCAGUUUUUGGACGCAUCUGGUAAGCCGGAGGCUGGGAUUCUUCAGGGAAAUUUCCAGUGGCUGGGAUCUUUCGACGAAUGUCGAGCCAUCGAAGCGGUUACGAAUAACGCUACGGAUUUCCGUGGAAAGUACUGUUUAGCUGCUUUUGGACCUUAUCAAAACACAAGCGGAACGGAUCCGGCAGCUGGAGGCGAAAUGGGAGCGGGAAUGACUAUGCUGGCUCUAAAAAUUGGAUUUUGUUAUCCUGACAGUUGUACGGACGAGGAUACGUUCUACAUAGCUUCCAACUUGCUAACGAUGAUCCCAACAAAUCUGAUCAACAUGACCCUAGAAGUGUAUUCUUCGACCUGCCAACCGCGCUACUACGAAUACGACACAAAAGCCAUUGCUCUCCUAUGCGUAAUAGGCUUUUUCGGAAUGCUUAUAACCAUUGGAACAUUGUACGAUGUCUUCAUCUAUCGUGUCCUUGUGAAAAAUCUUAAUACUAAUCCGGCGGAUAUUACUUCUGUUACUACCAUUUCUGCAACAACGACGGCAGUCAUGUACCCGCCCAUCGGACAUGGUCACCCUUCCACCGACAGUAUUCCCUAUGUCGCAGAUAUCAGCGCAUCCGAUGAUGCACCAACGACGACAGUGAUCGCUUCCGACACCACCGUCCACACUAAUGGCGACACCGUGCAUCAGCACACCGAAGUCGAAAAGGUGGAAACUGAUGCAGACGAUGCACCACUUCUAGGGUCGAAAGAGACGCUAAUAAAAGAAAAGGUCACAGUGGAAACAGUGAAAAUCGUUCCCGUGCACGAACAGCUCGGAGUAUUAUCGGAUAUCUUGCUGGCAUUCAGUUUAUAUGGCAACGGGAAAAAGAUCUUGGACACUUGCAGCACCAAUGAUCGAUCUCUUUCGUGUAUACACGGAAUUCGUUUCCUGAGCAUGACUUGGGUUUUAUUGGGCCACACUUACGGAUUUGGAUUUAUGGUUAUCCGAAAUCUGGUGGUGGUGGAAGAUGUUUUAGGAAAUUUUUGGUUUCAAGCGAUUGCUAACGCCACUGUGUCUGUCGACACGUUUUUCACAAUGAGUGGCCUACUUGUAUGUUACUUGUUUGUCCUAAACUACGAGAAAACCAAGAAGUUCCCGGUAAUUCAGUAUUACAUCCACCGCUACUGGCGGUUAACAGCCGUAUAUGCAGUGAUAAUGGGAGUGUAUUUGUCGCUUUUCAAAUACCUCAAUAUUGGACCCAUGUGGAAUCCUAACGGGAUGGAAGUAGACAGUUGCAGCUACUCGUGGUGGACCAAUCUGCUCUAUGUUAACAAUUUGGUGCGCACCUCCCAGCAGUGCAUGGGAUGGACAUGGUAUUUGGCCAACGACAUGCAAUUUUAUUGGGUGACUCCGCUAAUUCUUUUACCGUUAGUGAAAUUACCUAUUGCCGGUUUCGUCAGCAUGGGGAUUUUCAUGGUGGCUCAUUUGGCGAGCACUGCGGUCAUUUCCGCCGAGUAUCACGUGAAUCCUAGUAUUUUGGGAAACGGUGGAGACCUAACCAACAUGGCGGAAGGAACGAAUUUGUGGGAUUAUUUCAACCGAUAUUAUAUUAAACCGUGGUGCCGAAUGGGACCUUACAUUAUUGGCUUGCUCUUCGGAUAUUUACUUGCAAAAUAUAAAGAGAAACCAGUACGAAUGUCGCUGGUGACCGCAUUCUUCAUUUGGAUCGUCGCCGCGGUUUCCGCUACAGCCGUUUUGUAUGGCUUGUGGCAUGUGAACCAAGGAGAGGAGUCGCUGGAUUUACCGGCUUCCGUUACGUACAACACUCUGCAUCGGAGUGUUUGGGCGUUGUGCGUUUGUUGGGUGAUUUUCGCCUGUGUUCAGGGCUAUGGUGGAUUUGUCAACACUCUAUUAUCUUGGAAGGCUUUCAUUCCUCUCAGCAGAUUGACUUACUGUUGUUACUUAAUCCACAUCCCUAUUAUGAUGAUCUAUUAUUUGGGAUUAACAACCACCGAAGAUUUUUCCCACUAUUCAGCGGUCUACCAUUUCUUUGGAACACUGUUGGUUACGUACGGUUUUGCCUUCAUUUUUACGGUUGGGUGUGAAUCGCCUUUACUGGCACUGGAAAAACUUAUUGAAAAACAACUGAAAAGGAAUACAAAAAAGGAAGAAUAACUUUUCCGACAGCGAUUUUUUAAAACGUUAAGCAUUGGACUGUGAUUUUGUUUCAUGGGGGAUCGGUUAUCAAUCAAUUACCAAAGUUAUUUUUGUCACUUUGUAUGGUAUUAUGUAAUUGUGCACUGUUUUGUUGAUUUUCCGCACUGUUUGUGUACUAUUGGAUAGUAUUCCCUGAGCGGAAAAUGUUACUCCAAGAUACUCACACUGUUACUCAUCCUUCGUGUUUCGUUGUUCCUGUGUGCGUUUUAAACCAUCCUGUUAGAACAUACACGUGGUUGUCGAAAUGUUUGUCAAAGAAAUUCGUUAUGGGUGUAGCGUCCGGCGACCCGCCUAAACGGAAUAAAAGUAAUGU